AAGCUUUUCCGACAUGGAUGUAGAGAAAGUGUUUCAUAUGAGUGGAGGAGUGGGCAAAACCAGUUAUGCCCAGAAUUCAUCUCUCCAGAAAAAUGCUUCAGACAUGGUGAAACACAUAACCUUGGAAACAAUGCAACAACUUUACAAAGAAGUUAAUCCCAAGAGCCUAAGCAUAGCUGAUUUAGGCUGUUCUUCGGGACCAAACUCCUUGUCACUCAUCAAAGACAUUGUUGAAGCUGUCCAAGGAAGUAGCCAUAAGAUGUUUCGACCCUCACCCGAGUUUCGAGUUUUCCUAAAUGAUCUUCCCACAAAUGACUUCAAUUCGGUGUUUAAGUCCUUGCCUGAUUUCUAUAGGGACCUUAAGAAAGACAAAAAUGGAAGGUGUCCGGCUGUUUUCAUAUCAGGUUGUCCUGGUUCGUUUUAUGGAAGGCUGUUCCCCAAUAAUUGCUUGCACUUCAUAUAUUCUUCUUACAGCUUGCACUGGCUCUCCAAGGUACCUCCAGGUCUUUACGAUGAGCAUGGCAAGUCUAUCAACAAAGGAGGCGUUUACAUAUCAGAAUUGAGCCCUCCAAGCGUUUCCCAAGCAUACUGGAAUCAAUUCCAGGAGGAUUUUUCAUUGUUCCUGAAAUCACGAUCAGAGGAGCUUGUCACAGGUGGAAGAAUGGUGCUCAUUACAUUGGGAAGAAUAGGCCAAGGACAUGUCGAUAGAGGCAACUCUUUCUUUUGGGAAAUUCUCUCAAAAUGUUUAGCCAUAUCUGUUUCACAGGGAGAAAUUGAGAAGGAAAAGCUCGAUAGUUACGAUGUUCAUUUCUAUGCAGCAUCAAGAAAUGAAGUAGAAGAUGAAGUGAGAAGAGAAGGUUCGUUCAAAUUAGAAAGGAUGGAAAUGUUGGAGAUCAAAAAACAAGUCAAAGGUGGGGAUAGCUAUGGCACAGCAGUGGCCAUGACGGUGAGGGCAAUCCAAGAAUCCAUGCUUUGCCACCAUUUUGGAGAUGGGAUAAACUUAGAUACCUUGUUUAACAAUUAUGCGAAAAUGGUGGACCAAGAAAUGGCCAACCAACAAAUUAACCCCAUCACUUUUCUUCUAGUUCUUAAGAAAUUAUGAAAUAUUAUAUUCUUAUAUAUAUCGAGCUUGAAUCAAAGCCCUUCAUUUUUGUUGUAUUUCC